CGGGAUACCAAAAUCCUCAUUUAUUACUGCGUCAUAGUCUUGUAAUUAUGUAUAAAAUAGAAAAGGACUCAGAAAGCAACUACCCUAAGGUUGUGAAUACUACUGCAAUAAGCAACAUUUCUGAAAACGAAUCUAGAAUUAAUGUAGUUGGUGUAGUUCUGCAUAAACUGGCAAUUAGACGUUGUAAAUCCAGCCUUUCAGCUUCAAAAAGCAGACAAGCAGUUCUAGGGUUCACUUUGAGAGACAGUGCAACGGACUGGGUGAACGUGAGUUACUGGGGAACAUUUUCGAAUGCAAACCACGUGUCAUCACAAUUUAGUAUAGGUGAUUGCAUUGUUAUUUUUAAUGCAAGAGCAAAGUUAAAAGAACAAAAUUCGUAUGAAAGCCGCUUCAUGGUUCAAACGACUUCAAAUUAUCAUCUCCAUUUGAGUGAGAGAGGUGGUAGUAUUAGACACUAUAAUUUUCCUGACAAAUCAUAUGCAGACUUUCUAAAAUCCUCUUUAGUCUGCCCAGCUGCCUACCACAUACCACUUUAUCAAUUAAUCCAGAUGGUCCAUUCAAGAACACGGAGAACAUGUGAAGGAAAUUUCAACUGGCGAUCAUACGACAAUUCUUCAGUUUUCACAUUUUUUGCAGUUGUCUCCGAGGUGAAAAGCCCUAAAACCCUAAUAAUGGCACGAAAAAGAACACUGGGUGAUGAAACAAUUGAGAGUGAUAGACAAGAAGAAAGUACAAGUAGUAAUACGCUUCUAAAAGAUUCAUCUGAAACAGUACAUGAUGUAGUACAACUCUGUGAGGUACUUCUUCUCGAUGAUACAUGUAGCUGUCUUCCAUUAGUACUGUGGAAUGAGGAAUGGAUUCACGUAGCAUUGACAGCUUUUGUACCCAGUACAACAGUUUUAUCGAUUGUCAACUGUCCAGUUCGAUAUGAUCACUAUCGUAAAGGUGUAGUAGCCUCUCCAAACUCACAAACUUUAAUAGUCAUUUCACCUGAUUGUGAAGAAUCGAAUCGUUUGAGUCAAUAUGCUAAACAUCGUGAUCAAAGAGUCAAUUUGACAAGAGGUCAUCAAAAUCAGUGCUUUACAAAUGAAAGCAUUGAUGAUAGAUUUGCACAACCUUUACCAGUGGCGUACAAGACAGCUCAACCGGAGAUAUAUGAAGUACCACUUACAAAUAUUCACAAUAUAAUAACCAUAAGAGAACUUAAAGAAGGAAAAGUUGUUGCUGGAUAUGCGUGUAUAUUUGCCUUAAUCACAAAAAUUGAUUUAGACUGUUCAAAUCUACGAUAUCUGGUAACAUUACAAUGCUCAAAUUGUCAAACUAGUUUAAGAUCAUGUGAUCCACCAGCAGAUUUUGAUAUGACAGCACCUGGUAAACAAAUUAUUCCAAGUGAAAAAUAUUUAUUUGCUAUGUGUAAUACAGUUAGUUGUCCAUUAAGUGGACAAAGAUUAUCUUGGCUUGAUAAGAAACAUGUGAAUGUAGAUUAUGGUACAAUUGUUCAUUUAUCAGAUCAUACGGGGACAUAUUAUAGAUGUCUUUUAGCUGGUACAGCUAUGGAAAAGCUUAUAGGAUAUAAAAUUGAAGAUUUUUUACACUUAUCAACAGAGGAACGAGCACGUUUGAAAUGGGGAAUCUGCCUAAGACGAUUUAAAGUUUAUUUCUGGACAGAACAGAUUAGUUACAAUAAUCCAUCACCUUUAAUCGUCAUUAUAGGCCUUGAGAAACCUAAUGCCUUUGAAGUUCUUCAGUCACUAAAACCAAAUAAAUGACACAUGUUUUGUGUUAUUUAACUGUUCCACUGUUCUCAUGUCAUUUCAUAAAAUCAUAAAUCAGUGAAAUUUUUGUCAUAUACUAUGUUUACAAAAACUUUCAUAUUACACUUGUUAAG